UGUAAAUAAUCCAAAAAUGAUACUUCUAGGCACAAGUACUUAUCUCUAGUUUACAGUAUGCAUUAAAAUAUAGCAUUUCUUUCUUUUUCUUAAUAAAUUAUGACGCUUGAUUUCUUGCCAAGAGAAUAAAAUUUAAAGGAAAGAUAACCUCCAGAGAUGACGUUUAUCUGAUGUACCAGGCGUGCUGACAUGAGUUUGAUGGCUCUAGUUAACUGUAGGAGGGCAGCAGCAGUCCGGUGUUUCUGCAGCAAGGCUGCUGUUCUUCACUACAGGACACUCAGUGAUCAUGUUCAGAAACCGGAGCAAACUCCAGAAGAGAAGCCGGUGGAGGAGAGACAAAGGGCGAGGAAACCCCCAGGUGAAGUGUCCGUGCUGCUGUUCCCCGGGCAGGGCAGUCAGUUUGUGGGCAUGGGCAGAGGAUUGCUCAAGUACGGCACCGUGAAGGACAUGUUUACUGUGGCUGAGAAAGUGCUGGGCUAUGACCUUCUCUCACUGUGCUUAAACGGACCCGAGGAGGAUCUGGUGAAGACUGUACAUUGCCAGCCCGCGGUGUUCGUCACUUCUUUAGCCGCUGUGGAAAGAUUGAAUCAUGAAAACCCUGCUGCGAUAGAGAACUGUGUUGCUGCUGCUGGUUUCAGUGUUGGGGAGUUUGCUGCUUUGGUAUUCUCUGGUGCGAUGGACUUUGCUGAAGCCCUUUUUGCAGUGAAAGUUAGGGCAGAAGCCAUGCAGAAAGCCUCUGAUGCCACCCCGAGUGGAAUGUUAUCUGUAAUCGGUAGACCUCAAACCAAUUACAAAUACGCCUGCCUUCAAGCUAGAGAGCACUGUCUCUCUCUGGGUAUACAGAAUCCUGUUUGCUCCAUCGCAAAUUACCUGUUUCCAGAUGGGAGGGUUAUCGCUGGACAUCUUGCGGCGCUGGACUUCCUCCAGAAAAACUCGAAGCAGCUGCAAUUUGCUCGGACGAGGCUGCUGCCAGUAAGCGGGGCUUUCCAUACUGAGUUGAUGGAGCCGGCUGUGCAGCCUCUGCGCGACGUGCUGCUCCAGAUAGAGGUGCGCCGGCCUGAGGUUGCUGUCCACUCCAACGUUGAUGGGAAGCGUUACAUGCAAGAAAAACACGUGCAGCGGCAGCUGGCCAAGCAGCUGGUGUCACCGGUGAAGUGGGAGCAGACGCUGCAUGAGAUAUAUGAGCGGACUCGGGGACAGGGGUUUCCUAACACUUAUGAGGUGGGACCUGGGAGACAACUGGGUGCUACGCUGCACAAGUGCAACAUGAAGGCAUUUAAGAACUACACACACGUUGACGUGGCAUUGCCACAAGACGAUUGAGAAACAUUUGGCAGUGUCUGUAUUUUUCCAAAUUACCACACUGUCUUAACGAGAUAUGAUACUCAAGCUCCUACUGCUAGUUAGUUACACUUCUUGUAGUCUUAUCAGAUUACAUUAUGACAUUAAAUUUGAUGGUUCUGCAUUUGUGGCAAAAUGGUGUGAAAUGUUUAACAUGGAGAACAACAAGAAUAAAUGGCAAGACAUUGUUUUA